AAAGUCAAGAGCGCGAUGCCUACAUUAAAUCAAUUGUUUCGUCAUGGUAGAGAAGAAAAACGGCGCACGGACCGUACUCGAGCUUCGGAUCAAUGUCCCCAGAAGCAAGGAGUACGCCCGCGUGUACCAACGAGAACACCGAAAAAACCUAAUUCGGCUCCACGUAAGAUAGCCAAAGUACGGUUGAGCAAUCGACAUGAUAUAUUUGCUCACAUUCCGGGCGAAGGUCAUAAUUCGCAGGAACAUUCUAUAGUCUUAAUAAGAGGAGGUAGAGUGAAAGAUUCGCCAGGUGUGAAAUCCCAUUGUAUUCGAGGAGUCAAGGAUUUGUUGGGAAUUCCGGAUCGAAGAAAAGGGAGAUCAAAAUAUGGUGCAGAAAAACCAAAAUCGAGAUGAAUGGAAGAUGCCUCUGUCACUCU